AUGUCGUCAGCUCCUAUCAUUACUUUCAAAGCAGGAAUCUGCGACUUUGAUGGCUCUUCAAACCCUGCCAUCGUCAAGCCGAAGCCAACACCCGGCUACAUUUAUCUCUACUCCGAAGAUGAUCUGAUGCACUUCUGCUGGCGCCCCCGCAAUUCUCCGCUCAGCGAGCCUGAGUUGGAUCUGGUGAUGAUUCCCUCAGAUGGCAGCUUUACUCCCUACCGACCACCUGGGAGGAAUUCAAUUAACGGCCGAGUCUUUGUUUUGAAAUUCUCUUCCAGCUCCCAACGGUAUCUCUUCUGGUUGCAAUCCCAGACACAACACGACAAUGGCGACCUCAGCUGGUUUAGUCCUCGCGAUCUGAAGCUGGGCGAAAUCGUGGACGUCUUGUUGCAAGGUGAAGAUGUGGAUGUUGAACACGAGAUCGCUAACCUCCCGCGGCCAUCACCUGGAGGCGACGAUGACGAAACCAUGGAGGAUGUCGAAGGCACACACCAUGACCCGAAUCACAAUCAUGGUGGAAGCAGUGGUGGAGCUGGCCCGGAUGCCACUGGGGGCGAUAUUCGUGAAGAGGGAGAAGAAUCCCGGGAGGGCGGAGCCGAUGGUGGACGAGCUGCCUCCUCCGGCGACCCGUCAUUGGUAGUUCAAGACUUCCUGCGUUCCUUGGGCGGUGGGCAACAGGGCCAAGCUCAGUCCCAGGGUCCCGAAAGGCCAUCCACGACACUUCAAGAUCUACUGACGCCCCCGAGUACCCUGCCUUUCAUCGAGGCUGCUGAUGAGAGUAAUGUCGACCAUCUCCUGAGCUUUCUCCCCCCAGCACUCCUCCUGUUGGCCCAAGGAAAUGCCGAGGCUGCCGAGGCUGAGACCGACUCUGACCUCGCCCAGGCGGCUCUUCUCUCUCUCGACCUCUCUCAGAAGAAAGAUAUUCUCCGUCGCGUUCUUCGAUCUCCUCAAUUCAUGCAGAGCUUAGCCAGCCUUACCGUCGCACUCCGUGACGGUGGGCUUCCUAGUAUUAGUGAAGCUCUACAGAUUCCCGUGACGAACGGUGGCUUUAUGCGGCGUGGCGGCGUACCCCUUGGCGGGGGCGACGCGGUGGAAGCGUUUCUGGAUGGCGUUCGGCAGCAUGUGAAGCAAGAAGAUCAGUCGGGUCACAUGGAGACAGAUUAA